AUGAGAAGUAAAUGUCUCCUUUUACUGUUGAUCAUAACUUCCACCUACGUUAGAGUUUCUGCUAAGAAUCACUCCUCAAGACUUAUUUUAAGGAGAAGUGAUUUCCCAGAAGAUUUUAUUUUUGGAUCUGCCACUUCUGCAUACCAGUGUGAAGGUGCUGCUCAUGAAUAUGGUAGAGGACCAAGUAUCUGGGACACCUUCUCUGAAAAUUUCCCAGAGAAGAUAUUGGACGGUAGUAAUGGGUCCAUUGCUGAUAAUUCUUACAACUUAUACAAGAAAGAUGUGAAUUUGCUGCAUCAAAUUGGCUUCCAUGCUUACCGAUUCUCGAUCUCAUGGUCACGGAUUUUGCCUCGUGGGGAUUUAAAGGGAGGUAUCAACCAGGCUGGAGUAGAUUAUUACAACAACCUGAUUAAUAAACUUCUGUCAAAAGGAAUGAAGCCAUUUGUCACAAUAUUUCAUUGGGACCUACCAGAAGCACUUGAACAUGCUUACGGUGGCUUCCUUGGAACUGAGAUUGUGAAUGAUUUCCGGGACUAUGCAGAACUCUGCUUCCAGAAAUUUGGAGAUAGAGUGAAGCAUUGGAUGACAUUAAACGAGCCAUUUACAGUGGUACGUGAUGGUUACAUAAUUGGUCAAAAGGCACCUGGAAGAUGUUCCAGUUUCACUAAUCCUAAUUGCACCGGGGGUGAUGGAGCCACCGAACCUUACAUCGUCGGCCAUAACUUCCUCCUCGCUCAUGGAGCCGCUGUCAAGAUCUACAGAGAAAAGUACCAGGCAUAUCAGAAAGGCAAAAUUGGUAUCGCCUUAAACACAGAAUGGCACUACCCUUACUCAGAUUCAUAUGCUGACAAACUAGCCGCAGCUCGAGCCACGGCCUUCACCUUUGACUACUUCUUGGAGCCAAUUGUCUAUGGUAGAUACCCUGCAGAAAUGGUCAACCAUGUGAAAGAUGGUCGUCUUCCCACAUUCACACCAGAAGAGUCAUCAAUGCUAAAAGGAUCAUAUGAUUUCAUAGGUCUUAACUAUUACUCAUCUUUCUACGUUAAAGACGUGCCAUGUGCAACUGAAAACAUCACCAUGUACACCGAUCGUUGCGCCAGCAUUGUAGGUGAGCGAAAUGGAGUACCUAUCGGUCCAACGGCUGGUUCGAGUUGGCUUUUUAUAUACCCCAAGGGUAUUCGCGAUCUUCUACUACAUGCAAAAUUCAAAUACAAUGAUCCCGUCUUGUACAUAACAGAAAACGGAGUGAAUGAAGCUAACACUGGAGAAGUCUUUCUUAAUGACGACAUGAGAAUUGACUACUACGCUAAUCACCUUAAGAUGGUUCGCGAUGCAAUCUCGAUGGGGGUGAAUGUGAAAGGAUAUUUUGCAUGGUCGUUGAUGGAUAACUUUGAGUGGUCGGAAGGAUACACGGUCCGCUUCGGGCUAGUGUAUGUGGACUUUAAAAAUGGAUGUAAGAGGUAUCCCAAGAAAUCAGCUAAGUGGUUUAGGAGAUUGUUGAAGAGAAAGCAUAAUGGGACUAAAAAGCAAGUAGCUGUUAUGUAGUAAAUCAUGAGCUUCUCAAUUUGUUGUCUACGUAUGAUACGAUACGUAGCGUUUCUUUUCCAUGUGCAGAAAAUAAUAAUUCAUUAAUUUGAGAUGAGAGGUGAGGUGACUUUGUUUUUGAUGUUACCAAAUUUUAACUUUUUUUAAAGGCU